UCUAGGGCGGGCGGAGCCCAGUCCGUGCCUCCCUGGUUCCCUGCGCUCCCCGCUGCGGCCCGUGCCCGCCGACGCGGCCCGGUAGGGUCAAGCGCUGCCCACCCGAGGGAGCCCGCGCACCACACUCGCCUGACCCUCUGCCCAUCCCACAAGCCAGGCACCUGUACCAGGAGCCCACUGAAUCCACUAGUAACAUUACAACUCUGUUGAAAACGAAACAUCAUGAGCACUUCAGGAGGUAAUGGAAAAGGGAAACCUUUGUCAGCCAGUGAAGAGGAGCGGAAAAAUGUCCUGAAGCAAAUGAAAGUGCGAACUACACUGAAGGGCGACAAGAGCUGGAUAACUAAGCACGAAGACUCAGACGACCAUGCUGUAGCACUUCCCUCGGGACAAAACUACGCCACACCCUCAUCAGUUGGAGAGGGAUCAAAUGCCAGUUCUCCGAACACAAAGGCUCCUGCUGGUUAUAUCAUCCGGGGAGUGUUCACCCGAACAAUAGACAGCUCAUCUAACUCCCAACAGCAGCACUCUAAGACCAAUGGAGCUCCAAGAAGUGCUUCUGGACUGCCGGGAGCAGCUAAUUCUGCUUUUGCUCCUCACUCCUCUGGUUAUAAGAUGACUACGGAAGAUUAUAAGAAACUGGCACCGUACAACAUCAGGCGCAGCUCCACAUCAGAGAUCGAGGAAGUGGAGGUGCCCUUCACCUCAGAUGAACAGAGACGGAGGUCACAAGCUGCAAGUGGUGUUUUGAGGAAGAUGGCCCCACGGGAACACUCUUAUGUCCUCUCAGCGGCUAAGAAGUCCACUAGCAGUCCUACCCAGGAGCUGCAGGCCCCAUUUAUUGCAAAGAGGGUUGAUGUGGAUGAGGAUGUGCCUCCCGAGAAAAAGCAGGAGCCCCCUGCUCUAGCACGAUCUGUUUCUGGCAGUGUAAAUGGAGGAAGAGCCCACGUGUCUCAAGCAAUUCUACUUGGGUGCAUACCAAGUGUUCCCAGCCCCUCUGGAAGCCAGGAACCCAGUUUGAAAACUGAGGAGAUCGUCCGUUUGCAGAUCACAACCCCCAGAGCAGGACUCCGCCUGGUGGCCCCAGACCUGGAAGCCCUGAGGCCUUCCCAUAAAACCAAUGAAGCAUCACACUCUGAAGACUUCAACAGAGAUUCAGCUUGGGAGGCUAAGUUUAAGAAUUGCAACACAGAUUUGGAAAGAUCAGCUGCACAGUUGGAUGGUGGCAGUGAGGAACCAGAAGCCCCAGAAGCCCCACCAGAAGGUUUGGCUGGAGCAGGCGCGGGUGCAGAGCAAAAAGAGUCUGGCGCCAUGAUAGUUUCUUUUCUGAAUGUCAAGAAGAGCAACAGCGCAGCAGACUCCAAGGGCCCCUCAGCUGAUGGGGAAAUGAACAUGGCUCCCAUGACCAUCCAGGCCUGUCAGGAGACAUAUGGUACUACAGAAGGCGGCCAGGGAGACCCAGCUGUGGCCCCUCAACAGCCUGCAGAUCCCAGCACCCUGGAGCUGGGGAACAACUUCAGUGCACUCGGUCAGCUCGUCCCAUCUGAGGCCCGUACCAGCAGCACUCUGGCGGCCUGUGAAAAUGUGACCCCCAAGAUAUGUGAGGCCUGGCAGGAGACACCUGAGGUCCUACAAGGUGGCCAAGGGGACCAAGCUGUGUCUAGUCAAGAACUUGCAGAUCCCAGCACUCCAGAGCCACAGAGCAGCCCCAGCGGACCCGAGCAGCAAAUGAAACUGGAUAAUACCAAGCUGCAGAGCCCUUCAAGCUUCGCGGUCACGGUUAAUGUUGCUGCCGCUUCUGAAGAGCUGCGCAUGCCAACUGCCUCAAGUGAGCUGGACUGCAGCUCAACUACCAAAGGGAUUCUCUUCGUGAAGGAGUACAUGGAUGCUACUGAAGUGGCUUCUGGAAAGCCAGUGUUUCCGCACUAUGGCAGUAGCAGCAGCAUUGAGGACUCACUGAGCCCGGAGAAGAAACCCCCACAUGAAGGCACUCCACACUCCGAGAGACCAACUGAAGGCAACUGUACUUACUGCAGCCGAGAGAUCGGAGAUUGUCCAAAGAUUACCCUUGAACAUCUUGGCAUCUGCUGCCAUGAGUACUGUUUUAAGUGUGGAAUUUGCAGUAAACCGAUGGGUGAUCUCCUAGAUCAGAUCUUCAUUCACCGUGACACCAUCCACUGUGGGAAAUGCUAUGAGAAGCUCUUCUAGGCUGAACAGAAGCUGAUGAGUCCCAGAUGCAUUUGGCUGUUUAGUUGUCCCCAAAUUGUUGGUUCUUCUUCCUUUACAUCCUCCCCAACCUGGUUUCACUGUACUUAUGCCCACCUUGUACUGAAGUAACACAUCUAGUGUUGUUAUCUCAAUGAUGUUAUAAUUACACAUGUAUGGUCUCUUAUACCUUAGAAAUGCAAAUCCGUAUCUCAGUUGCUCCCAGGAUACAGGACUCCACUUUGACUUCCCUAAGAUAUGUUGGCUAUUGAGUGCAAUGACUUGGUAUCUUAGACAUGAGCACAAGUGUAGGUAUCAAUGUAUGCAGACUUUUGGAGGCUUCUGAGGGGCCAAACCAAAUGCUGUUGACGAUCCCUGGUAGGGAAAUUAUAGACAUUGAAUGCUAAGGGUUGGAAAUAGGCUAAGGUUUAGCUUGUCUAUUCACUGUAUGUAUUUUAAUUUCUCAUACAAUUUUUAAAGUAGUUGUCUUUGAAUUAUGUAGAUUUAAAUUACCUCCUCCCAUUCUCUGAGUUUUUCCAGUCAGGCAUGUCAGUACAUAUUGGAAAACUUACCCUGGUUUAAAUUUGAUAGAAUACAAUAUUAGGAGGCUUCUAACAAAAGGGAUAUCUAUGUCUGAAUUUUGACAGCUAGUUCAAGUCUUUACCCCCAGUAUCCUUCUUCCUGGACUUUACAUAGAAAUUUUCUGAACUGCCUCAGGUGUGUACAUCUCAAGACUAAAGAGAAGAGAUAAGGUUUCUUGAGACCUCACCACACACCAGGCAUCACCACAAAGCACUGGCUUUUUUUUUUUUUUUUGUAAUAUAAUUUUUUAUUGAAAGCACUGGCUUUUAAACUUUUUAAUAGUCUCUAAGAUUCUCAUCUUAGAAAUAAAGAAAAGUGGAAAGAAUCCAGUAGAAACAAUGUUGUCUCUCUCUGGAGCCCAUACUUUCUCGUCAGGACACUGGCCAGGCACUGUGUGGAGGGUCCCGAUACCUACCUGAUACCCUGCCCCGAGACAUACUCUUAGAAAUGGCAAGUGUGAAAUUCACUCGUCUCCGGGCUUCUUGGAUCCCUCCUUGAAGCAUCACAAUAAUGUAAUUGCCAUCCAGUAGACGGUGCAGUUGCAGUAGUGACUUGUUUUCUGGUCUUGACUGUUUCAAACCAACAUCAACUUCUAGGUCCCCAGGUACUCAAAGCGCUAAAAGCUGAUGCCUGACAGAGCAAGGCAGGUUCAUCCCUGCAGUUUGCUCAUAGACUGCUCUGAUUCAGCUUCACUCUGCAGCAUUAAAGUAAGAUCCUUGAAAGCAAUAAUAGCCCUCAAGAUUUGGGGAUGCAAAAUUGAGGCCUCUUCAUUUGAUUUACUUAUAAAAUAGCUCUUCUCUUUCUUCAGAUUCUGAGUCCUAAUCACAUUUAAGCAUGGACUUGUUCUUCCCAUCAAGUUAUCAGAGAACAUUCUAUUUAUUUGUGUAUUUAUCUGCUGCAUGUACUCUGAAGGGGAGAAAGAAUACAGUAGGUCACAUCCCCACACUAAUUAUCAACUAGUCUUUCUCAGUUCAUUUCUAGCACGGGACUUGGCAGAUGGUGGGCAGUAACAUAUGGGUGCCAAAUGAAUUAGUAAAAAUCUCCCCUUUGGUUAGAAGUGUUACUUGGGAAUCUCCUUGCAGGCCUCAAAGAUGGGAUCCAAAGUAAAGAGGCCAUGGUGGAAUAGUUUCCCCAUCUUAAAGGUGUACUCUAUCAUUUAAGCAGUUUCAGAAAUAUGGAAAAUACUCUAAGACAGCUUACAGUGUUUUAGUAUUGAUUUGAAUUUAAAUAGCCCUUUUCUCUCAAAAAAUUCUGCAAUUAAGAGGGUUGGCUUUUCAUUAUUUUCUUUUUAAUUGCUUAGUUUCUAGUUAUAUUUGCUUAAUCCACAUUAAUGUAUGCAAAUUAUAAUAAAUGUUAAGAUAUUACA